CGGGUAGGCAGCAGGAGUUGCGAAAAAAAAAAAUGGAAAGGAAUAGAAAAAAAAAAGAUUAAGUUGCUGCGACGUAUGAAAGAAGAUAUCAAGAACUGACGUACGCACGAUUCUGUUCAGCUGAGUCGGUCGAGACGGAUCUGUCUCGGGGACGACUGCGGUUCAUCUUCCUUAUAUCUCGCACCACGUGUGUGGUAGCCGCCGGUGGAAUCUGAGACCGCGGGUCAUCGCCGCUGUCGGGUCGCCAUCGGAGGCCAUCGUUGUCGUGGCCCAAUUUAAGUUCUGCGCAUUCGUCUCAGGCUUCGCGGGAAAGUAGUGCAGUAGCAGCGACUGAAGGCCGAGACUUAUUCCACAAUGAUGACGCCUUACGCCCUUCAUGGCGUGCUGUUGCUGCUGGCGUUACGAGGGGGCAGCGCACAGCAGCUGGGCAUCCUAACCAAUCCGCUGGGCACGCUGACCAACACGGGUUCCAGUCUGAACCCGGUGAACUUGGGGACGCGCGCCUGGGACCAGACGUUCGGAAAACUUACCAACACCUCGGCCUCGGAUAUCAGCAAGCAGCUGACUGAGAAUGCAAUUCCAGGAGUCCGUCAUCGUGUCAUCACCGAUGUGCCCUUGGGAGGACACAAACUUGCUGAAAUCUUUCAGAAUGCUACCGGUCAUGUGAUCGACUGCAACCUGCUGGGUGACAAGGUGCUAAUUGAAGGCGUCCUGGUAGUGCUGCCAGAAAGUCUGGUAACGAAGGUCACACCCGAGGAAAUGGAUGAAUUUCUGGACCUAUGCGGCACACGGGAGAAUUUCGCCGGCAAGCAGAAAUCUGCGUUUGACUACAUCGGCGACAUAUUCAAGAGUUUAUUCAUAUUCCCAGGCACAAAAUGGUGCGGCGCCGGUGACGUGGCCAAGAAUUAUGACGACCUGGGACCUGCCAGAGCCACUGACGCCUGUUGCCGGGAGCACGACCACUCCGAAGAAAACAUCGCCGCUUUCCAGAGCAAAUACGGCAUCAGGAAUACGAACCUCUACACUAUGACUCACUGCAAGGAUGACCGAAAAUUCUACGGCUGCCUUCUGAAUGACAGCAGUGUUCCGUCAGUGGCUGUGGGAAAGAUAUUCUUCAACAUUCUGCGGACCAAUUGCUUUGACUACACAUUUCCCAAGAAGUGUGUCCAGAACAAUGCGUUCUACAUCCCUCUAGUAACCGAAAAGUGCAAAGAGUACAAGCUUGACCCGGCCCAACCCAAGGAAUGGCAGACGUUCUCGCCUCCGAACUUCUGGAAGGAUUACGUGGCCCGCAAAAAGGCGCAGGCCAACAAGGUGAAGCCCGUCAGCCCGAGCCCAGGGCAGGACGGCGCCUCUGUGCCGGUCACCACGGAGGAACCCGAGGAAGAACCAGAAGAAGAGCCCAUUGAGGAUGCGGAACCCGACAACUGGCAGAAGCUGGACCCUGCUGACUAUAGCCUCGAUGCAACUGAGGAGCCCGUCUUCGAGGAGACGACGCCGAGGCCCGCGGCUCCGCGUUCGUCCGGACGGUCGAGGCCUACAGGGUUGAACCUUGGAGGCCUUAACGUGGUUGGGUGAAAGUAUGGGCGCACACUGUGAAUUAUAACUGUGGUGCUUUGUUAUUGGCCACUUAGCUGCUAACUACGCAACGCAGCAGCCUCGUAAUGGCCUGGCUGGUAUGGGCUACGUAGUUGUGCACUGUCACCGCUACAAGAGUCGCUACUAACUGUGAAAAGAA